ACCAUCAUGUCGCAUCCGGUUGCUUUCUGAAACGACAUUGGGCAUCCCGUCCCUUAUGAGGGAGAAGUAAGAACCUCAGCUGGAACCUCACUCUUCAGAGUUCCCCGAAACCCCCCCGGCGGCCAAGCCGUAACUUGCACCCAUGCCACGUGCCGCUCUCCCUUACGAAGAGCCCCAGCUCGUCGACCUGCUUGUCAUUGCAUCGUUACUAUACCUCCUCAAUGUCAUUCGCGUCGUGGCGGAUUAUCUCCUACAUGCCGGUAUAAUCGCGGAGAUAACCUUUAGCAUUAUCUACGGCUUUCCAGUUGCCAACCUGUUGCCCAUCGAGUGGGAGGCAACAUUCACUGCUCUUGGAUAUUUGGGCUUGGUUUUAGUGGUCUUCGAAGGCGGACUUUCGACCAACCUCCCCGUUCUCCUUUCGAAUCUUCCGCUAUCGAUCGUUUGCGCACUGACAGGAAUCUCCAUCCCGAUUGGGUUCUCUUUUGCGCUGCUGAACGCCGGGUUCGGUUACAAGCCGCUUGAAGCCUUUGCAGCCGGUGCUGCUCUAUCGUCGACUAGCCUUGGCACCGCGCUGGCUGCGCUCAACAGCAUCACAAGGAAUAGAGGCGCAACCCCCGCCGAGAAGCAACCAACUCAUAUUGCAUCUUCCAUACCUUCGUCACCCCACCAACUCCCUCUCCAGCAAACCCGCAUUGGUACUGUACUCAUCAGUGCAGCCAUCAUCGACGACGUUAUCGGCCUUGUCAUAGCCUCCCUCAUACUAGCUUUGGCCUCCGUAGACUCCGAUUCACAUGGUACUUCCCAUGGGCACCUCGCGUGGACGGUUGUGAGGCCGUUGCUCUCAUCGUUCUUGAUAGCAGUCGGUGCUUCUGUUAUUGCCAGAUUUAUUCUUCGGCCCGCCUUCUGGCAUUGCGGUACAGGAGAAAGGUGGUGCGCGCCUGCACGCGAAGGAAAAGCCUGGGGUGCUUGUGCUUUCGCUAGGGAAGGUAGUGGUUGGGGCACGACCGCCCAUGCCGACGCUGUGAAGUUAUUGGCCAUGGUCGCUGUCGUGAGCGGGAUGGCUGCAAUUGCUAACUGUCAGUAUAUUCGUAGCUAUGCGAGCAGCUCGUGGAAUCUGGUCUUGUAUUCCACAGACACCGACACAAGCGUUCUGUACGGCGCGUAUCUUGCCGGUCUUAUCCUGACCUACAUCUGUCAACCGCCUACCGGACAAAGGUCAAGCGAGACAACAAGAGAGCUCUCAUGUGAUAAGACGUUCGCACGGACAGUGGGCCCUUUGCAGGGCCAUCUUUU